AUGCCAUAUACCGGACCGAUCAACAACCCACCAGCAACUGGUGAAGCUCCUUUUUGGGAGUACGGUUAUAUCCCAUCGUUAUCUAUGGGUAUAGUAGGUUGUGUGGCCUUUUUGCUCGUUUCUGGUGGUCAACUUUGGUGGUUCGUCAAGAAAAGAGGUACAAGGAGUGUUCAUGGUCUUUUCUUCUUUGCAUGCGUUACUGAAGCGCUCGGGUACGGUGCGAGACUUUAUACUCAUGGUCACCCAUUCAGUGGAAUGUCAUUUUUACUCGGUAUAUCACUUAUUCAAGUGGCUACCAUCCUCAUCACUGCUGCGCUUUACAAGUCCAUCCAAAGAGGUCUCAAGUACAUGCCUAAUGGUGAUAGUCUGACUCCAAUGAGAAUCAGAUCAAUGUUAACCGUCUUCAUCAUCCUCGAUGUUGUUUGGGUCUUGAUGCAAAUUGCCGGUCAAUACUUCUGGGCUUCAGCUCAGGCUGCCGAGAUCGUCGAUGAUACUCCGAUGUUUGCUCUUGGUACUUCAACUCUUAUCUUCUUGGCAGGUAAUGUCCUCCAGGCAAUCACCACGAUCAUCAUUUUCGUAUUCUGCUUUGUCAUUCUCAAGCGAUCUACCCGAGUUCUCGCUAUCACGCCACCAGAGACUAUCAUCCCUCACAUCAAACCCCUCAUGGCGCAAAUCAUGAUCAGCUUGGGGUUAUUCUUCGUUAGGUUAAUCAUGAGAAUCGCUGAAGGCGCUCAAGGUGCAUACGAGAAAGCUGCUACUAAUGAAGUUUACUUUGGUGUUUUCGAAUUUGCCCCUAUCUUCCUUAUCAUCGUCCUUUGGGCCGCAAGACCAUUGCAUAUAUUCAUCUUCCCGCUCGGACACCCAAGAUAUCACGCCAAAGCUUCCGCUCAGGAGGCAGCUAUUGCCUCGAGCGUCAGUGGCACUGGGAGUCAAUCUGCCGAUCAUAGCGUGAAAGCUUAA